CAGAAGCCUGCAAGGCCGCCAUGAAUGACCCAUAUCAGAACAACGUUAACCAGCAGUUGACCGAAGCGGGCGAGUACACUUACAGCCAAGAUGGCGGCGGUCAGGACAGAUACCCCUACCAGACAAACUACCCGCCCCAGGAGGAGGACGCCGCCAGCGAUGCCACAGAGGGCGCGGACGAGGACGAGCAGAUGUAUGAGGGCGAGUACCAGGGCGUUCCACACCCGGAUGAGAUCAAGGAGGCCCGGCGGGCGGCGCGCCUCGAGGCCAAGCGGAAGGCCCGACUGGCUGCCCAGCAGGAGGAAUACGAUGAGGACAACCUGCCGGAGCAGUACGAGACCAUCAUGGAGGACUGCGGACAUGGUCGCUUCCAGUGGAUGCUCUUCGUGGUGCUGGGCCUGGCGUUGAUGGCCGACGGUGUGGACGGCUUCGUGGUGGGCUUUGUCAUGCCCAGCGCCGAGAAGGACAUGUGCAUAUCCAACUCGGACAAGGGCUUGUUGGGAUUGCUGGUGUACGUGGCCAUGAUGGUGGGCGCACUGGUGUGGGGGGGUCUGUGCGACAAGAUGGGGCGCAGGAAGUGCCUGAUCUACGUGCUGUCCAUCGAUCUGCUCUUCUCCUUUCUGUCGUGCUUCGCUCAGAGCUACGGCUUCUUCGUCUUCUUCAGGUUCUGCUCCGGCUUUGGAAUCGGAGGCUCCAUCCCCAUCGUGUAUACGUACUUCACCGAGUUCCUGCAGAUGGACAAACGUGGCGAACAUCUGAGCUGGCUUUGCAUGUUCUGGAUGUUGGGAGGCCUCUACGCUUCCUUCACAGCCUGGGGGAUCAUCCCCCACUACGGUUGGGGAUUUGCCAUCGGCACGGAAUUCCAGAUGCACAGCUGGAGACUCUUUAUCCUGGUGUGUCUCUUUCCCACUCUGGCUGCUCUUGUCGGCGUCUUCUUCAUGCCGGAAAGUCCGCGAUUCCUCCUGGAGAGUGCCAGACACGACGAGGCGUGGAUGGUCCUGCGUCGUGUUCACGACACCAACUGGAAGGCCAAAGGCGAACCUGAGAGAGUCUUCACUGCAACCAACAUCAAAACGCCGCAGACGCAGGAAGACGAGUUCAUCGAAAUCCAGAGCGAUACGGGCACCGCCUUCCAGCGUUGGACUGUCAGACAUAUGACCAUGCUGCAGCAGGUGAUGGCUAACGUGAUGUCACUGUCUGCGCCUGACCUGCGACUGCAAGGCCUCUUCCUGGCCAUCGUUUGGUUCUGUCUGGCCUUCAGCUACCAUGGGCUCGGAGUGUGGUUCCCCGACAUGAUCAAGUACAUGCAGUACGAGGAGUACGAAUCCAAAGUGCGCAUUUUCCACCGGGAACGCGUGGAGCGUUUCCACUUCAACUUUUCCUUGGUCAACCAGGUGCACCGCGAGGGCGAGUACAUCCACGACAAGUUUGCAAACAUUGAGAUCAAGUCGGUCAAGUUUGAAGACUCUUUGUUUGAGAACUGCUACUUUGAGGACAUCAAGUCCACCAACAGCUUCUUUGAGAACUGCACCAUCAAAAACACAGUUUUCUACAACACAGACCUGUGGCAAGAGAAGUUCAAAGACUGCCGCAUGGAGAACACCACCUUCCUGCACCCCAAGAAAGGCUGCCACCUCAAUUUCCAGGAGGAGAACGACAUAGUCAUUUAUCUAGUCAGCUUCUUGGGCAGCUUGGCGGUGCUGCCAGGCAACAUCAUCUCGGCGCUCUUCAUGGACAAGAUCGGACGAAUCCGUAUAAUAGGUGGUUCCAUGCUCGCGUCAUCUGCCUGCACCUUUCUACUGCUGCUGAGCUUCAGUCAAGGAGCGGUUAUAUGUUGGCAGUGUCUGUUCUAUGGCGCUAGCGUGGCAGCCUGGAACGGACUGGAGGUCAUUUCUGUGGAACUGUACCCGUCAUCUAAAAGAGGCACAGCGUUUGGCAUCCUCAACGGCAUCUGCAAGUUGGCCGCCAUCAUCGCCAGCUUCAUCUUUGCGGCAUUCGUGGGCAUCACCAAGAUCAUCCCCAUCUUCUUGGCCUUCUCUGCGCUCGUUUGCGGGGGUCUGCUGGCGUUAAAGCUGCCCGAGACCCGGGAGAAGAUCCUGUCUUGAACACAGCCAAACGUCGCCGCCUGCGCCAGCAAGGCCACCGCCGACGGGCCGUCUGACCACGGCUGACCACAAGUCAUUUGGGGCAUACGCCGCGCAUCCAGAACUGGAUGUUUUUCAUUGCCUACGUGGACCUUCACUUGCCGUUCCCGUUACGAUCCUCAGGCCCGCCCGGAUCAUGUGUGAAUAUGAAACUAGCGCUUGUCUUUUUAUUUGUAUUUUCCUCCGUCUUCGGUUCACGUAGUCAUGUCCUGUGAGGUCCGCUUUAAGAAGACAGAACAGUGCUUUAAAGAUGAUGUACUUCCUGUCGCCAUGUUGUGCUUUGGUUUCCCAUUCACAUCCGGAAAAAAGGCCAAAAGUUUCCACUAGGCAGUUCAAACAUGUCCACGCUCAAUUCGUUGGCGGCUAACACUUGACGUUUACAUAGCAUUAGCGAUCCAAACCCCCCAACCCCCCCCCCCAAAACCCCCACCCCCACAUUAUUGGAUUAGUCCUACAAGUUCUUUUAGUUUUAUUCAACAAACAUUUUUGUCAUAAAAAUGUUUUUUUUUUUUGUUUCUGAAUCACAAGAUUUGGUGAUGAACUGCAACAAUGUAUCGUGACUUGAGGACUAAUAUGGUAGUGACGGCCUGUGCUUCUCUCAAAUGUCGAGCGAUAGUGCGAGCUCCUCUUAACUGCGAAUCAAAUUUUUAAAAAUUGUGUGAACCUGCUGCGAACUUGCGCUCUUCAAGUCGCUUGCACAAUUAUGGCUGUAGCAGGAUUUAACACACUAAAAUUUACUGCUUGGUGGAAACUGUGACAAGAAAUGACUGAUCGUGUAGAAAAUACCUGUUCAUUCCGCAAGUGUGUCCUAUUUGAAUAGUCCUAUUUAAAUAUCAUGCAUAGAGUAUUUUCUGUUUAAAAGUUUAGUUAAAAGUUUUCUGGUCUUCCGGAUUUUCUACCUUGUUUUUUUCAUCAGGUUCUGUCUUGUAGUCAUCAUAAUGUGUUGUUUUUUUUUUUGUGUG